UCACAUGCACCGCAGUUCUUGGACGCUUGUGCAACAGAUAAGGGCUCAAAGCAAAAAACGCUGGUAUAACCACACUAAACCGAGCUUUUGCAUCAGCAAAAAUGUGUUUUUCACAUUGUGAUCGAGAUCACUGUGAAGAGGUUCUCCUGGAGAACAAGUCAGAAUGUACUUCAUAAACUCUCUACGAGUUUAAUGGGGUUUGAUGGAUUGCUAAGUAACGUUUGCGCUCUCGUCGUCACAGGAAUGGAGGGCCCCAUGGACAUGGAUCGUGGCUUCUUCAGGAAAGUGGACGUUCCCGAUCAUGCACACUACAUAGUGGCUUUUUUCGUGGCGAUCAUCGGGGCUGUGGGAGUGAUCGGGAACCUGCUGGUCAUGUACGCCUUCUUUAGUAACAAAAAGCUACGGACGCCUCCAAACUACUUCAUCAUGAAUCUUGCUGUGAGUGACUUUCUCAUGGCCAUCACUCAGUCGCCAAUCUUCUUCGUCAACUGCAUGUACAAGGAAUGGGUGUUCGGUGAAAUGGGCUGUAAGAUGUACGCCUUCUGUGGGGCUCUGUUCGGGAUCACAUCCAUGAUCAACCUUUUGGCCAUUUCCAUCGACCGCUACAUUGUGAUCACCAAACCCCUGCAGGCCAUCCGCUGGACGUCCGGACGGCGGACGCUAAUUAUCAUCCUCCUGGUCUGGAUCUACUCUCUGUCCUGGAGUCUUGCACCUCUUUUGGGAUGGAGUUCCUAUAUCCCAGAAGGCCUCAUGACGUCCUGCACAUGGGACUAUGUGACGUCCACACCAGCAAACAAGAGCUACACCUUGAUGCUCUGCUGCUUCGUGUUCUUCAUCCCUCUUGGAAUCAUCUCCUACUGCUACUUCUUCAUGUUCCUCGCCAUUCGUAAUGCAAGCAGAGAUCUGGAGAAGAUGGGAAGCCAUGUGAGGAAGACCACCCUCAUCCAACAGCAGUCCAUAAAGACAGAGUGGAAGCUGGCGAAGAUCGCGUUUGUGGUCAUCAUUGUGUUUGUGCUGUCCUGGUCUCCUUACGCCUGCGUCACUCUCAUCGCCUGGGCAGGAUACAGCCACGUUCUUUCUCCAUAUUCUAAGGCAGUUCCUGCAGUAAUUGCCAAAGCAUCAGCCAUAUACAAUCCUUUCAUCUACGCCAUCAUACGCUCCAAAUAUAGAGACACUCUGGCAGAGAAGGUGCCGUGUCUGCAUUUUCUAGCCCAGUCUUCACGUAAAGACUGCAUCUCGGUGUCGAACAGUGAAUCUUCCUUCAAGGAGCACAUGCUCAGCAGACAGUCAUCAGGGUCAAAGGCCAAGUUCCAGCGAAUCUCCUCUAUGUCCACUUCAGACACGGUCUGGAGUGAUGUAGAAUUAGAUCCUGUGGAGCAAAAGAGCCAGAUCCUCAGAAACUCACAGUCGGCAAAUCUGCUGAGAGAUGAAGGACGGAAGCCGCAAACGAAACACGGCAAGACGAAGAACAAGGGCCGAGGAGAGGAAGAGCGCAGUGAAGAGAAGCCUGCAGUCACAGAGAGCGGCUCUUUGAUCGAUUGUGGCCUUGACCUGGCAUCCGAGUCCAUCAACAUGGCCACCGUCCCGCUUCUCAUGGCCAAAAACACUCCAGGAGGGGAAGAAGAGGAGUGCAAUGAGGAACAGGAAGACAGCAAUUCUAUAAGCCUCCUGAGCAAUGGUUUGGCUUUUUACGAAGACACGGAGGAUCCACAAAUCAUAAUCGCCCCCACAUCAGAGGAGCAGCAGACGACGCAGAGCAGAGAAGACAAAUUAAUACUGGACCUCAAAAGCCUGAAUUGCUCCAGCGAGCUUCUGGAGUCUGUGGAGAAAUUCCUCUCCUGAGGCCGAACCAGAUGAUGCUCUUCUUUAAGUUUGUGUUUCACUGAAGACGAGUCAGAACACUUGAGAACCACAGUCUUCCGCUGAGAGUUUCACAUCAGCCUUUUUGUUGGAAAAGCAAUCGGGCCAAAUUAAUUUGCGUGCAGAUAAUCAGCUGCUUCAACUUCACGCCACUUCAGCCACAGCACGGACUGCGGAAGUAGUUGAGAGUGACACAACCACUGUGUUUGCGAUUUAUCACCAAACCUACUUGCCCUUAAACAAAGAGCAUUCUUACGAAAACGAGUAACUCGCAUCACAAUAAGGCCAAAAAUCAGUCCGAAUUCAUUUCAAGGGGUGUGACGAGAUCUCGUGCCGUCGAGGUGAAAAUGUGAUGAUUUCUCGUCGAGGUGAAAAGUUGUGUCGCUAUAUUGACAUGACAGUGUGUGAGGGUGAAAUUAGGAUAGAAUAUGCCACCGCUACAACUGACGUUUUAUAGAAAUAAAAACCAUUUAAUUCAGUUGGAUAUCGGUUGCUUCAAUUCCAUCCGGCUCAUCCAACACGAGAUGACUGACAAGACCAUGGCGGAGGAUUCGUUGCGCAACAGAGCUUAAAAAAAGCAUCAGACAAAUGUCUUAUCUUGUAGAAUGUGUGCUCAGCACCGCCACUCCCUAUUCACUAGGGCUGGGUACCGUUCACAUUUUAACCGGUACCAGUACCAGAAAUUCGAUGCUGAAUUUUUUCGGUACUUUUCUCUCUGUGUUAUAACAAAAAAAAUUAUUUCAGUAAAAAAAUAAGCCCAAACCUCUCAAUUUAAACAUUUAUUUUUUAUUUAUUUAGAAAUUGUACACACUAGACGACAAUAAACUGUUAUGUUUUAUGCGCUGUUGCAUGCAUAAGAUUGCAUUACAUCGGAGAACUCAAAUGAAAAUGAAAGACCGUUUCUCGCCCUGUUCUUCACCUCGUUACGUUCGGACACGUGCCGUGAGUGUGUUUCCUUAGCACAGUAGCACAAAAGUCUUGUUUCAUUUUCCCCACGAUGCUGUCAGAGCUGGAGUUUGACUAGCAACACAUGGAAAAUAUGACUGUGACAAUACUUAGUAUGUAACAACAUACUGAGCACGCGGUUUCUGUGUGGAACUGUGCAGAUUAACAACGCUUGCAACGCGGAUCAUAGAUUAUUUAGUUUUAUAGCAAGUUUUUAUAGACAUAUUGCAAAUUGUGUUGUCUCAGUCUGCAUCUAGUUUUGUGAAAUGUAACCACACUUCAGAGCAUUUAGACAUUGCCCUGUGUGUUGUGUUUAAACAAGUUGCAUGUGUGACGUUGCAUGGUCUCUCUCUAACAUACCUUACUCUUGUGACAAGAUGCAUUCUCAGGUACUGAAAUUUGGCACCGAUUGAUUUAAUGUGAAUCGGUACUAUGCAGUACCGAUGUAAUUCAGUUGUGCCCUUAAAAGUACCGAGUUCGGUACCCAACCCUACUAUUCACAGAGUAUGCGCGAAAUAGAAAGCGAAAGUAAAACGCGAACGCGCAUUCAAACAUGAUUUCAAUACCCAGCAUUUUGAAUGCAGCUCCCUGAUGCAUGCAAAUAUCUCCUAAUAUGAAAGCUAUCUUAGGUUGGGCUGUGGGGUUGUAACCAUCUCUCAGCUCUGUAUCAUCUGUUUGCACUUUGAAUAUUGAGAGAGUGCUUUGAUUACGGUUG